AUGAAAUUUCCUCCAAAACAUACAAAGCAUGCACUAAGUGGCUUAAGUGAUACUGAAUCUGUGGGACUUUUAUGUUGGCAUGCGUUUGGAAACAAUGAUCCCAAGAAAGGUUAUGAGAAAGAAGCACAACGACUUUCAGGGUAUUGUGGAGGACAUCCAUUGGCUCUUAAAGUUUUGGGUAGUUCAUUAAUUAAUGAAGAUGCAGCCAUAUGGAGUGAUGUCCUUGAAAUGUUGGAGGCAAAAGGAUAUUUAACUGAUGUACAAGAGAAUGUACAAAAGGCUCUGCAAAUUAGCCUUGAUUCUUUAUCAGGGGACUACAAAGAACUUUUUAAGCACAUUGCUUGCUUUUUUGUUGGAAAAGAAAGAGAAGUUACAGAAACAAUAUUAAAGGAGCGGGGUUUCAAACAUCAUAUGGGAUCACCAAGCUCAUUGAUAGAUGUCUUCUCACAAUUGGAGGAAGAAAUGAGUUAA